GGUGGUGGUGGCGGCGGUGUCGGCGGGGGAGGGGUGCUGUCGCGCCAGGGGUCGGUGUACGGGCUCACGCUCAACGAGGUGGAGAGCCACCUGGGCGAGCCGCUGCGGAGCAUGAACCUGGAGGACCUCCUGCGCACGGUGCUCCCCGCCGAACCGCACGCGCCGGGGACGGGGACGGGCAAGAAGACGGUGGACGAGGUGUGGCGCGACAUCGAGAGCGCCGGCCGCGGCCGGCAGCCCACGGUGGGCGAGAUGACCCUGGAGGACUUCCUCUCGCGCGCUGGCGUGCCGGUCGACGGCGCCGGCGGGGGCGGGGCGUGCGGCGCAGGUGCGCAUUGGCUGCAGCAGUACCAGCCGCCGCAGCAGUACGUGGCGCGGCCCUUGCCGCGCCCCCUUGGCGUGGGCGCCGGGCCCGUCCUGGACGCUGCGUACCACGACGGCGGUGGCGGCGGGUUCCUCUCGCACGCAGGCGGCGGGCGGAAGCGUGGCUCGGCGCUGGUGGCCGGAGGGGACGGCGUGGUCGAGAAGACGGUGGAGCGGCGGCAGAAGCGGAUGAUCAAGAACCGCGAGUCGGCGGCCAGGUCCCGUGCCAGGAAGCAGGCGUACACGAACGAGCUGGAGAACAAGAUCUCGCGGCUGGAGGAGGAGAUCCAGCAUCUCAAGGACCUCAAGAAGCUGGAGCCUGUAAUGCAGUUCGUGCCACAGCCGGAGCCGCAGCCGGGAACGAAGGAGCAGCAGCAGCAACAACAACUGCAACACCAGCAGCAGCUCAUCCGUCAGGUGGUGCUGUACAUGCCCCAGCCAGAGCCGGAGCCGAAUCAGCACCACCUCCGGCGGAUCAAGUCCGCCUGCUUCUGAUCGACAGCAACACCGACAUUGUUCAUAGUAGCCAAGACUCCGUAGGGCGUUAGGAAUCUGUACUUGGGGUGUAAUGCUAAGUAUGUGAGAAGAAGAACAGCUGCUAAUCAAAACCAACUCUUUUAUA